AUGGGUGGUCGGAAAGGAAAACGAGGUGCAGUGGCAGUUUAUGUUAUGGAGAUAGCAAAAGAGGAGGUAGCAGAGUUGUUAUUGCCAAGGGCCGGGGAAUCUGAUAUCGCCCAGCCCCGCACUAACCGGAUGCAGACAGGCAAGCGAGCCCCUGAGGCCGUGCACUCGGCCAAAACAGGCCACCGCCGGCUGACAUUACAACGUCAACCCAACCGCCAGCCGUGA